AUGUGUUUCAGUCUAUUAAAAAAUUGGGAUUCUGUAGUUACAUCUCUUAUCAACAUUAGAGAUUCUACAUCUAAAAAAGCUAUAACCAAAAAUGAAGCAAACGGAAUUUUUUUGCAUUUAAAUAAAUUGGAAACUGCAAUUUUAGUUUUAUUCUGGAGUGAUGUGCUUGAACGAUUUAACCUUACAAACAAGAAACUUCAGUCUAUUUCAAUAGAUUUAAUAACCGUAUCAAAUUUAUAUAGUUCUUUGAUCAAUUAUGUCAAACAGUUGACAAGUACAAGUAUUUUUGAACAAUAUGAAAAAAAGCAUUAUUAUUAUCAAAUGUUAAGGAGUAUCAUGAAAAUAGAAAAAAGAAAAGAAAACUUGCUCAUGAUGAAACAAGAAUGA